UUCUACCUUCCGGCUUCCUCCACCAGUUCACUGCGAUUUUUCAUUAUCUCGGAGGGAAAUAUCAAAUAUGCUGGAAUUUUGAAGCUUUUUUCUCCAUUCAAGGAGUGGAGCUAAGCUAAUGGCGAUGGCAAUUGUGGCGUCUUUGCCGGGGAACCUAUUUUCUUCCGUUCCCUCAACGCGGCCGUCCAACGACUCAAAUGCUACUUCUUACUCCCCACCGGCGCCGCCGAUUCCCGUCCCUAGAUAUCCACCGCCGCGAGAAAAAUCCAAGCCGCCUCCUCCGAAGACAACCAAUCCGGCGUUCAAAAUCCCUCACCACAGGACGAAGUACUACAAGCCGGUGAGAGAGGGCGUGAUUAGCUCCGAUGGGGACCGGUCCGUCGUAAUUGGGGAGAACGGCGUGUCCUAUCUGCUUCCCGACGCGCCGUUCGAGUUCCAGUACAGUUACUCCGAGACGCCCAGUGUGAAGCCCCUGGCAAUUCGGGAGCCGGCGUUCUUACCCUUUGCGCCUCCGACGAUGGCUCGGCCGUGGACUGGGAAAGCGCCGCUGAAGCCGAAGAAGAAGAAGAUCCCUCUAUUCGACUCGUUCAACCCGCCGCCGCCGGGGACGAAAGGGGUGAAAUUCGUGGAAAUGCCGGGGCCGUACCAAUUGGGGAAGUACCCGGAGGAAGGGAUGACGAGGGAGGAGAUAUUGGGGGAGCCAUUGACGAGGCACGAGAUUCAAAUGCUUGUGAAGCCGAUGCUGUCCGAUAAUCGCCAGGUUAAUCUGGGGAGGGAUGGAUUGACGCAUAAUAUGUUGGAAUUGGUUCAUUCGCAUUGGAAGCGGAGGCGAGUCUGUAAAGUUAAAUGUAAAGGCGUUCCCACCGUGGAUAUGAAAAAUGUAUGCCGGCAUUUGGAGGCCAAAACCGGAGGUAAGAUCAUACAUCGAGUUGGUGGUGUUGUUUAUCUUUUCCGGGGAAGAAACUACAACUAUGCAACUCGUCCACAGUACCCAGUGAUGCUAUGGAAACCAGCUGCUCCAAUCUACCCUAAACUUAUUCAGGACGCUCCUGAGGGAUUGACGAAAGAGGAAGCAGACGACUUCCGAAAGAAAGGGCAGAAACUUCUGCCUAUAUGUAAAUUAGCCAAAAAUGGAGUGUACAUUAAUUUGGUAAGAGAUGUUAGGACGGCUUUUGAAGGAAGUCCACUUGUGAAGAUCGACUGCAAGGGAAUGCAUGCAACCGAUUACAAGAAGUUGGGUGCUAAGCUGAAGGAAUUGGUUCCGUGUGUGCUACUGUCAUUUGAUGAGGAGCAGAUAUUGAUGUGGAGGGGACAUGAGUGGAGAUCAAAGUACAAUUAUGAUUCUCCUUCAGUUCCUUCGUAUUCUGACGUUGCAAAUCACUCAACACAGGAAAAUCCUGGUCAGUCCGAGGACCGUGACACUGAAACGGUGAGAUCAAGUCCUAAAAUGAUGUCCCUGUGGAACCGUGCCAUUGAAUCAAGCAAGGCUAUUCUGCUGGAGGAGACGAAUCUUAACCCAGAUGAGCUCCUGACUAAAGUGGAAGAGUUUGAGACCAUUUCACAGGCUACAGAACACUCCUAUCCAGCUGUAAUAUUAGCCAGUGAAGAUGGUACUUCUGUCCAUGAAAUUUCUUCUGGUGAAGAUGAAGAAUACAUUGAUAAUGAGCUAGAAGAAGAAGAAGAAGAAGAAGAAGAAGAAGACGACGAUGAUGAUGAUUUCUACGACAGCGAUUCAUUUGGAGAGGUUGACCUCACAGCGGCUCCAGGAUCAUUGGCCAUUGAUGAAAUAGCAAAGAGGCUGGACUGGAUGAAUGAAGAAUGAAAAAUUAAGGAUGUACAGAAACUAAAAGUUGAAGAAGCUGUGACUUGCUUGUAUAAAAGAUAUUUAAUUUAUUGUUAAUUAAUUUAUUGUCUAAAUCGCCCGAAAUACUUGCUCCUAUAGUUACUUGUGGGCUGUGGCCCAUGGGGGAAACGUGUCGAAUCCGAGCGUUAUCCGAAUCAUUCUAUGGAUGGCAACAAAAUCCGAACACACGGGUACCCACCCGACCCAAUUCAGUCAAUGCGGGUAAAAUUCGUGUGGACGAGUUUUGGACUGAGUUUGAAUUUAAACUCGUUUACUAUUCAUCGGGAUGGGUUUGGGUUUAGGUAAACCCGACCCAUGAGUACCCGCCCACACCCAUAUAAUUAAUUUUCUCGGUAUAUUUAAUAUUCUAAACAAUUAAUCUUAUUUAUGUUU